AUUACCUCAGAGUUACCUCUAGGGUUUCUGGGAAUCACACCCUGUAAUCAGCGAUUUAUGGUUUCUCGCACAGUGCUCUUACUAACUUAUUACUGUGAGCGGUGGUAUAACAGAAUCCACAGGGAGAUAAACGAAGUUUAAUACCUGCGCUUAAUUUACGUAGAGGUAUUGGAAGAUAUCCUCAAUUGCUGUAGAAGUGUAAACCAAUACUUAUAAAUGAAAGAAAGGGAAUUUCUAACCCUAGCCUUCCUUUCCAUCCUCAUCUCUCGGGGAUUUUUGGUGUGGUUUACUGCAGCAAUUUUAAAAAUUACGUACCUACACGAAUUAUUUCGACUAAGUAAUUUGAUUUUCGUAUAGGUUCAUGAUUCCAUUUAAGUAGACACAUCCUAGAAAGUAUCUCUGGAAUAAAGAAGUUAAGGGAAAGUAUAAAGGAAAGUUAAUUCUCAUCCAAGUGUAGUAUUGAUGUUCAUGUGACUCGUGAGAUUUCCCUUUUUCUAUGAAAAUUCUCUGAGUAAAAAGAAAUAUGAGGGAAAACCACUGACCAAUAGGGACGAAAAGGAUUUGAAUAUAAAGCGCACGUGGCAACAAUGCAAAUGCAUUCCAAAAUAAAAAGAUGUCGUCAAUGAGGAGAAGUGGAAGCAAAUAGUUUAUGUUUACUUCUCUCUAAUUAUGUAUUUUCGUACGUUAAAACUUUAUACAAGUGGUAAACAGUGAGAAGUGCAUAAGACAAAGCAGUUGGUUGUAAUCGUCAACAAUGGAGUUGGGUGAUCGAGUAUACGCUGCUGAAAGAAUAAUGAAAAAGAGAAUUAGAAGAGGUGGUGUAGAAUAUUUGGUUAAGUGGAAGGGCUGGAGUCAAAAGCAUAACACUUGGGAGCCCGAAGAGAAUAUUCUGGACGGUCGUCUAAUUGACUUAUACGAACGUUCACAAAAAUCUGACUCAACCCCACACAAACGUGGCCCAAAGAAGAAAGAGAAGCACCCCGAACAAACAGUUCAGGUUGAAACCGAAGACGAAGGUCAUAUUAGUGGUGAGGAAAGCCAAGACGAAGCUCCCUUAAAACCAAGCAAGGCGGCCGCGCCGAAACCCGAUACGCCGCCUGUACCAGAGGACGAGAAUGCCAGAGCAAGUGCCUCAGUUACUGAGGAGGUGAAGGUCGAAAUUGCGCCUCUUCAAACUGAAAUCGACCCUGAGAAUUCGAGCAGUUCGAGUAGUGAGGAUAGGCCUAUUUUGAGCAGGCGGGAUGCCGCCGGUACCAAACGGAAAGCGGAGGUACUGUCGAAGGAAUCCGGCAAAAUCGGUGUGACGAUUACCACGAGUAGUCCAGUGAGCAGUAGUCCCCCACCACCCAAAACACCAAAAUUGGCAUCGCCGAAAUCGCCUGUUAUACCUUCACCACCGCCACAGACCAGGGUGAACGGUCGCAGAAACUCAACUGUAAAGGUUGACGAGGAGCCAGUGGUCGAGACGACUGUCAGUGUGCCGCCCGUAAGCGAACCAGUAAAGGAGGAAGUGAAGGAAGUACCUGUUGAGACGGUUGCAACAAAAGCAAAACACAGUGUGGACGAAGUGACCGUUUCGAAAGCUGAAGUGAAAGAAACCAGCGAAAAACGGACAGAUCAAAGUAGUACCUCGGACCCUGUGGAGUGUCCCCAAAAAAGACGUGUCAGUUCAGACACUAAUAAAAUAAGUAAUAAUGUAAAUAGCGGUAAACAAUGUUUAGUGAAUGGACAUAAUAAUAAUAAUAAUAAUAGUAGUGCCAUUAGUGAUACGACUCCUGUUUUAACAAGUCCAGGUUCUGAUUAUUGGCUGGCCAGGAAUCCGGUUGUUGAUCAGGUAUUUAUUACGGACGUUACUGUAAACUUAAAAACUGUCACAAUUAGAGAGUGCAAAACUGAAAAAGGGUUUUUUAAGGAACGAAGCGCCUCUGACGAACAAUCAAAAUCCGGUGAUAUUGUAUGACAUUUAUGAUAUUGAUCGUUAGUAACAGAAAAAACCAGUAUUUUAUAUACCCAUAUAAAUAUAAUAUUUAAAAACAAAAAUGUUAAGAGGGACAAUUACGGUAAAUCGCGGACACACAUUCUGCAAGAUCUGAGUAAUGUAUUUAUUUUAAUAUUUUUCUUCUGCUUGCUGUAUCUAGUCAUUUAUUUUAUUAUUUUACAAAACUCUAGCAAUUACUAAUUUGUUCUAUUUUUUAUGCUUGAACAAAUAGGAAUAAUGGUUGGAAAACCAUAUAGACAAUUUUUAGCUCAAAUACAAACUGAUUAAUUCUUAACUCAAACCAUGGCUGCUAGGGGGCAACACACAUCACAAAAAAGUCUUUAAAAUGUAGCAUAAUUUAAAAAUAUUUUUAUUUUAGAUGCCUAAAAUGUCUAUAUGGGUUUCUGAUUAUAUUCUGACAACACUUUUUACUCAAAGUAUGUUUACCUUUUGAUAACCAUCAGAUUGAAUUGAACAAGAAAAAACAGGGAAUGAAAUACCCGAGGGAAAUACCAUAUUGAGAUGGUUGCUAAUGUUCCCUUGCACUUGAUUAUUUAAAGCCAGAUGAACAAUGCAAAACAGGGCUUAUAGAAUUAUAGCUCGAAUACAUUUUAAAAUUUUUAAUUUAACGUGAACUACAAAUUUUUUCUUUUCUAAAGAAGCACACAUUUUAAAAUAUUUUUAUUUAGUGGUAUGGAUCAAAUUGGCCUAUUCUAAGGCUUAUUCACAAACAAUGAUUGAGAAUAAUGCAGGUACCAAUUUGAUGAUCUUAUUUUUUUUAGAAGAAAGCUUUUUCAAAAAAUGUUUUUUUUCUUUAAACUCGUUUUUAAAUUUAUUUAUAUAUUGCAUAGGUAUUAACAAUUUGCGACGAAAUGCGCACAAAAAAAUAUUUCACUUUUUUUUGUUAAUCUACCAUCCAUUUGUAUUUAAUUAUUAAUACGUUUAGCACUUUUGUAUACAUAUUGCAACAAAUAUUCUAUAGGACUGUUAGAAUUAAUUUGUCUGUUUACAGAUAGGCAGCUUCAAAAGUCCAAAUUGCAAUGAUACAAUGACCCAUAGAGUUGAAAUGUCUUUCAAUAUUUUUUAAAUAUCAUGGCACCAAAUGAUAAAUUUUUUAAACUUGGCUCACAUUCACUUAUAAAGUUAAUUAGUAUAAUUUUUUAUUUAGUUUCAUUUAAUACAGUUUAUUUUUAACAAUGGAUGCUUAGUGGAAAUUGAAAUUUUAGGUAGGUAUUUGAAAAGGUACCUACUUGAGAUGAGUAUUUUUAAAUUUAAUUUUUAAAUUAAUAAUUAAAGUAUUGUAUCAUUUUAUACACUUCUAUAUUUUUUUUGGAUCAAAGUCGCUUAUAGCCAAAUAUUUUUAAUGGACAACGGAAGGUUUCAAUUUCUUUUUGUAAAAUUUUGAAAAGAAAAGUCUAUUUUUAAAAACCAUUUCUCCUCUACAUUUACUUAUUCAGGGUGUAACGAUACAGUUUUGUGGUAAAAGGGGCCAAAAAUAAACUGAAGAAUUUUGUUUAUGAGCGUCUUUCUAACAAGUCCCAAAAAAGUGCAAGAAGAGUGUCCCAACGAGCCAAAAAAUCUUAUGACAAUACCUUGGACACCAACUUUUAACAUUUUUUGUACAUCCCCGUUGAGAGGACCACUUUUAUGGUCGGGAAUUUUUUGAAAAAUUUUCACAAAAUAUAAACGAGCAUACCCAAAAACCUAGUCAAUUCCAUCCUUCUGCGUGUUAUGGUUGCUGAGAAAAACAAACCAAAGGGUGCAAAUUUUGAGACGUAGCUGCCAAAUGAAAGAUUUUAAACCCUUGAACUAUUUUAGUUCCAUGUACCACCCAAUUUUUUACAUACUUAAUUGCAUUAAGAAUUAAAUAAUUUGCAAAUUUGAUUCUAUAAAAAAUGUAAAAACCUUCCAUCUUUUUAAUAAAAAUUAUAAUUAUCUCGGUAAUUACUGCGAAUCGUUUUAUGUGUUGCAAGGAAUCUCCUGUAGAAAAGUUGCAAUCAAUGUACUUGGUACAGUACUUAACUUAAAAAUGCAAUUUCGUAUGAGUUAAUGCGGACGAGUUAUGUAGUAGUAUCAAAUUAAAAUAUAUCUUUUUCAUAGGUGAAAAUAUUCAAAAAUAUAAAAGGUUUUCGAAUAAGCAUUAUUAAUGCACUAGUCAAUUUUUCAUUAAUAAUGGGGAUUCAUUUUAUAAUGUUAAGUGCUAAGGGAGGUUAAACAUUUUUUGAAAUUAAUUUUCUAAAGCUAAUGGGCUCGCAAGUAAAUUUUCUGAAAAAUCAAAAGAAUACCUAAUGAUCUUAAAAAGUUGGUAGCUUGAAAUAAACAAAUUGAAAAAUUUUGUAGGUUUUUCGCAAUUGUUAUUGCAAAUAUCCGCCGCAUUUAAUAAUAAUAAUAAUAUUUAAUUUGGCAACAUCGUAUGUAUAGCAAUUAUUAAAUUAUUAUUGUGCAAUUGAAUUUCUAUGCAACCAUCUCAAGAUUUACAUUUGAAUUUUCAUUAAAAAUUUAUUAUGUAUGUACGGUGCGGUAUGUAUGGUACAAGUUAUUGUGUGGCACAAGUCAUGCGAGAGAGCGGAUUUGGUAUCAUUGUUCUCAAGUGACUAAUUUGUGAGGAACACACAAAUACAGCAGACUUUCGAAACAUUUUGAAAAAUGGCCAGUGACUGUACACAGUAGUUUAAUUCCUAUUGUUUAAAAUAAUUAUGAACGCUCAAUUGUGUUGGAUAAACGAUUUUAUCUUGAUUUUAGCCUCGCUUGUGAUUAAAUGUUACCUAUUCUGUUUCGAUUCAUCGACAUGUCUGUGUACUACGAUAUAAUUCAAGUUUGGUGAACAUGUGAUCAAGUUGAUAUUUUUGAUAAAUACAACAUACAAAAAAACAAAAAAAAUUACACGAUCGCUGUAAUUGUCUCCCAAUAAAAUCAAAUUGUUAAAAAUAUAAUUAAUUUAUUUUUACCUAGGCAUUAGAGGUGAAGUGAAGUUUAUUUUCAUUUUUCCUCAAAUAUGUAAGUUCUUUGAGAUUAUUCGGUGGUAUAAAACUUGAUCUAGCAUCCAAGAAACCUCAUACCUUAUGUAUAUAGGAAACAAAUUGUACAUAUAUCGUCAUAAAUUAUAUUAAUUUGUUAAGUGAAAUGGUUGUACUGUGAUAAGCCAUGCUUAGUUGUAAAAAUAAUUGAUCUGCUAGGUAUUAGAUUAGCCGAUAUAUUUUGUCUGAAUGGCAUCAAGGGUAAGUAAUUUUUAUUUUCGUAAUUUUAUUCAGCUGUAAUAAUUGUACCGUCAGUUAAUUCUUUUGACAACGCUUACUGAAAGAUAUAGAAGAUAUAGGUGGGCAAGAAGGAACUAAAUAAUACAUACAUCUGCAACUAAGUUGAUAUGGCACAAGCCUUUUGUUAAUAAUUCAGGUAUUUCGACUAAUUUUUACAAUCCUCUUUCUCAUCAAUAAUCUGUUACAUCAGUCACCAAAUAGUGCACAAAUUGAUAAAUGAUACCAGUUUUUUUUUUAUUAAAAAAGAAUGUGUAGAUGGAACUAUUUUGACUAAGUGCAUUUUGCGUAAGUAAUUAAUCAUUUGAGUGCAGCUGUACAUAGACAAAGUGGAAAAUUAUUGCUUAAGGUCACCAUAACUUCUUUGAGAAGAAGGCUUCCAUCACUUAGUAGAUACAAUACAGGCAUUGCUUUACCUUUCCUUCUUGCUUAUAAAAUGGUUUUGUUUAAAUCUCAGAUCUAGAAUAAUAUAUUAACAACUUCAUUCCUUAAUCAUGUGUGUCUUGUAAAUAGUUUUAACAAAUUAAUAUUUUUAGUUUUUAUUUUCAUUGUUAAGUGCCUGCUUAUGUGGUUACUUGUAUUUAUUAUUUUGUACUUCACAAAUUUUAAAAUAUUCUGGUGAGCUUAAUUAUAAUAAUGUCCAGUGUUAAACUAAGUCAGGAAUUCUAUUUUAUUAUUUAAAAACAUAUUUAUUCGGUUUUUUACAAUACAUUUUGUUUGUAUAUAGAAACCUAAAAAUGGGUACAAUAUUUGUUAACUUUUAAGUGUCUCGCGUGGUAGAUACUUAUA